AUAACGUUCAAGAGCUAUAAAGUAAAAGAGAUUCCUAGGCAGUGACUUAGAACUCCUUACUAAUAAUGUGCUACAAGAACUUAUUUCUAAUGGAGCAGCAAACUUCUCCGAUCCCGAACGGGACUAGGCCAGACCCUUGCUACAACGAGCUAGAUUUAUUCGACUAUUCCAGUACUCUUCCAUUAUCUCACGGCCUAGAGCUUGGAGAUGCUAAUACUAGCCCCAUGAGCUUUGCUUCUGAUUGUAGUCCUCCACCACACCCCGACUUCUUAGACACCAGCUAUGGCGGAGUCCCUCGGUACCCGGCCGGACACUAUCAGAAGCGCGUCGGAUAUACCUCAGAGCGUGAUCCUUUUUUCUCCUCUCAGCAGCCAGGGAUGAGAGGAGGAAUGGGGCACCUCUCGAGUAGUAGGGCUGUGUACAAUGGGUUUGCUAACCCGCCCGAGUACGCGUACCAACAGCACCAGCAACACAAUCGUAUCCCAACACAUUUACCUGGUUAUCUUCAAAUUUUGCAGGGUUUUCAAGACCAGUACUCACCAGAAGAUCUGGAUGUCAAGUUCGCUGUCCCUCCUUCCUCUCUGGGCUCCCUAACAGGCCCUGGAAGUAAUGCUGGCAGCCCUCCUUCAACUACCAUCCAUCCACAGUCUGCCUGCAAGGUCUGUAAUGAUGUGGCCUCUGGAAAUCAUUUCGGAGUCCUCUCAUGUGAGGCCUGCAAGAGUUUCUUCCGAAGGAGUGUGAGGGCUGGGGCCCGCUAUGCCUGUCGAGGGACUAGGAACUGUUCGGUUGAGAAACACACGAGGAACAGAUGCCAGUACUGUCGACUUCAGAAAUGCCUUCAGACUGGAAUGAGAAAGGAAGCUGUUCAAGAAGAGCGGGCUCCUCCAGUUACUAGGAUCCAGCGAGCAGGUACCCCUACACAGCUAGGCUACUCUGCUUCGCCAGCUUUCAGUCCAACUACUUUUCCCAAUGGUCCUCCUCUCCCACCUGUUCCGCCCAUGCCUUCAUCAUUCCGCUACGAUGGGCCAGUCAGUCCCAUAAUGCCCUCUAACUUCAUGACUCAGAGUCGUCUAUCCGGCUCACUACCUAACCUCAAGAUGGGAUGUGGUACUGGAGGAUAUGGAGAUUACGACUGUCCCCCUAUGACUCCCCCUAUACAUAUGCCUCCUGUUGAGCCUUAUACAGGAGGGAGUCGCCCCUCUACUCCAUCAAGCAUCAACAUGACGUCAGGAGUUCCAUCAUCUACAGUCCCGCCUUAUUCAGACUCUGUGUCUUCAAUGCCAGAGCCAACUCCAAGUGCAGUAAGCCCUUUUGUACUCGUAACAGCAGACAUGCAGACUGAAUCUCUGCCAGACAACGUCACUCCAAGUGAUCAAGGCAUCAAGCUGGAGGACAUAUUUGAGGGAGCACGCCAGUCUCUCCUACGUGUGAUUGAAUGGAGCAAGCGGAUACCAGCUUUCACCACACUCUCUCUUGAUGAUCAAGUCAAGCUCCUUAAAUCCUGCUGGUGUGAACAUGUCCUCCUCAAGCAAGCCACUCGCAUUGGUCCUCACUCUGAUACUAUCCUACUCAGCUCCGGUUUAACCUGUCGCAAAGACCAGAUUGAGGAUCCCGAGGUUCGUAGGAUUGUUGAGAGGGUUUCUCACGAGAUCUCGUACUGGUUUGAUGUCCUUCAUGUUGAUAAAGUUGAGAUGGCUUGUCUUAAGGGAAUCAUACUCUUUAAUCCUGAUGCUAAAGGCCUUAAUCCAGGUACAAGAAAGAGGGUAGAGAUAUUUCAGGAGCAAAUACUCCAGGCAUUGGAGACCAGGUGCAAAACCAUGUACCCUGUGACUCCACUUCGUUUCUCUAAACUUCUCCUCCGUCUCCCACCUCUGAGGGCAGCAGCUCUUGAGUCCACACAGCACAUGGAAGUCCAGAGGACUCUGGGGAAUGCUAAACUGGACACAAUCUUUGGGGAGCUCCUUGACUUUGAUUAACUCUUCAUCUUCUUUUUACAGUCAGCAAAUCUUUCUCAUUUUCCUACUGACUCUUGCUUCAACUCUUUCCCUCUCUCUCUUUCUUUCUCUCUCUCUCUCUCAUAAUAUGCAUUGGUACACAUCAGUUCUGAUUUGUUAUUCUUUUAUAGUUUUGUAUUUGGCAGAACUGACUGCAAUUAAAAUAUUAUUUUCAUCUUUUUAAUAUAUUUUGGUCUCGUGUUGUUAAUUCUUUUUCUUUUUGUCAUUGCAAUUGUGUGAUGUGGAUUAUUUAUUCAUUCCAAAAAUUACAAAUUCUUUUUUUAACAUUUUUGCUAAGGUCACCAGGAAGUGGUGACACAUUC